UCUCACAUUUUUAUGCGAAGCCGUCUCUCCGCGUUCUUCCGGAGCUUGUGCUGCCGCCAGGGCCGCCGCGCCGCCCCAUUCUCAUCCUCGCCACCACGAAUGGAUGCGCCGCUGCCGCUGCCACAGCUCCAAACACCGGUAUGUAUCAUUGGAUCCGGCCCCGCUGCCCACACAGCCGCGAUCUACACCUCCCGCGCGGAGCUCCAGCCGAUCCUCUUCGAGGGAUGGAUGGCGAACGGCGUAGCGGCGGGCGGGCAGCUCACGACAACGACGGAUGUGGAGAAUUUCCCCGGGUUCCCUCAGGGGAUCAUGGGAGGGGAGCUUACGGAGAAGUUUAGAGAGCAGAGUCUCCGGUUUGGGACGAGGAUCUUCACCGAGACUGUGGACAAGAUCGAUCUCUCUAAGCGGCCGUUCGAGAUCUCCAGCGAGGAGAGAAAAGUCCUGGCGGAGACUGUGAUCAUCGCUACCGGAGCUAUUGCCAAGAGGCUCGACUUCAAGGGCUCGGGGGAAGGAAGUGGUGGAUUCUGGAACCGCGGCAUCUCGGCGUGCGCUGUUUGCGAUGGAGCGGCUCCACUCUUUCGAAACAAGCCCCUGGCAGUGAUCGGAGGUGGCGACUCCGCCAUGGAAGAGGCUUCGUUUCUCACGAAGUAUGGCUCCAAGGUCUACAUCAUCCAUCGCAGGGACGAGUUUCGAGCCAGCAAGAUCAUGCAAAAGAGAGCUUUCGACAAUCCAAAGAUCGAAGUUCUUUGGAACACCACCGUGGUGGAGGCCGUUGGUAACGAGAGUGGCAGCCUCGCGGGGCUCAAACUCAAGAACACCGUGACGAACGCUCUGACGGACCUCCAAGUUUCGGGAUUGUUUUUCGCGAUUGGGCACGAGCCGGCCUCAAAGUUUUUGGGUGGUCAGCUCGACACAGACAAAGAAGGAUAUAUACUUACUACUCCAGGAACCACAAAGACCAACAUUCCUGGUGUGUUCGCUGCUGGGGACGUCCAAGACAAGAAGUAUAGGCAAGCGGUGACUGCUGCCGGUACCGGAUGCAUGGCUGCACUGGACGCGGAACACUUCUUACAGGAGUAUGGAGUCCAGCAGGGAAAGUCGGAUUGACAAUGACAGGGCUCUAGCCGCCUAUAAGCUCGCAAAAACGGUCUAGUUUUUCUAAGGAGGCACUCUUUCAUUGUUUGCUCCUCUUCCUUCUCUUUUUGUUACGAGGAGAGAGGUUUCUGGCUUUUGAACGAAUUCUUCUUAUUUUUCUAA